GCACGGCUUACGGAGUGCAGUCAUCAAUCAAAUUCAACGAAAUCAAGCAAACAGUGACGCUGCUUCAUUAGGGUUUUAUCAAAUUCUACACUCAGCUCCAGAAGUUUACCAGAAAUGGCCGAUGAAGCAAACAAAACCGCUUUUGUGGAGAUUCAAGGUCGCAUGAUUGAGACCACUGCUAAGUUGAAACAGGUUCAAAACCAGAUGCGAAACAAGGAAAGUGAAAAGAAACGUGCUUAUCUAACCUUAGAGGAACUGCAACAGUUGUCAGAUGACACAAACACUUACAAAUCUAUAGGGAGAACGUUUGUCUUAGAGCCAAAACCAUUUUUAAUGGAUGAACAAGAAAAGAAGCUCAAGGAUAGUGAAACUGCAAUUGCAUCCUUACAGACUUCAAAGGAGUACCUUGAGAAACAACUGGGAGAGGUGGAGACAAAUUUAAGGGAGCUUCUGCAACAAGAUCCAGGUCUUGCUCGCCAGAUAAUGUCCAUGGCUGUUGUCUAACCAUUUCUUAAAAUCAAUCCACAAGAAUCCAUGAUUAUGAAAUCCAAAUGGUGUAGUGGAGUUUGUAUGUGAUGUUUAUGAAGAGUAUUUAUGUUGCAUAUUUUUGUAAGCCACCAAGAACAAAAAUCAUACAACAUGCAUCGACCACUUGGAAUUUUUGUAAUCGGAUAUCUACUUUUAAAUUUGUCAUUCAUUUACUCAAUGUAAACAAUUAUAGACUACUAGGUAAGC